UAGCAACGACGCACGAAACUGGGUUACACACUCGCUUCUUGUGGUGUGAAUUUAUAAUCAUCGACUUAGAGGGCGAGAAUGUGAGCACAUGGAGAAAAAGGUAUACCCGUGCAAUAGAAACUGCAUAUUAAAUAGCUCAAAUAUUGAUACAGGUGGCAAAAGCAGCAUCAUGGUGAAGUAGGGCAAACCAUUUAAAUGGUUCUAUAGUUGCAUGUUAAAAGCUGAAAUCAAGUAGAAGGUGAGGGGCUAAAUAUGGACUCCGAGUCGAAGACGAAUCUUGUCUCCGGUGAGGACGAUGACGAGCAGGAUUACAUGAACCCAGCGCUCAAGAAGCGCCGCGGGGCAACCAUCACGGACGUGUUGCCAUCUGAACCACCUCCACCACCUCCACCGGCCCCUGUGGAGAGCUACAGCGGUAGCUCGGAGGGCAGUGGGGAAGAGUCCGAGGAUCAAGGCAGCGGGCAGGAGGAUGGUGCACCGGAGAGGGCUGACGAGCGUCCCGAGGCGAGCAAGGAGGAUGGACACACAGAGGUAAAGACCGAGGAAGCAAAACCUAGCGAAGCGAAAGCAGCCACGGAGGGGGAUGAGCCGGAAGGGCAAAGGGGGAGACGGGAGUCGUCAGUUGUAGAUGUCCAGACGAUGCCGCCUUUGAACACGCCGCCACUGCUGCAUCACAGCUCGACACAGAGACGAGCGCUUCAGUCUGCGCGGACCCCACUUGAGAGAUUCCGCGCCAUUGCCAACACCAUCAAACACAACUUGAAAUGGGCUAAGAUGCUGUCUACGACCAAGCAAGAAGGGGAACAGAAAUCCUACACAGUGGAACAUGAAGAUGGUCACGACACGAGCCUGACAUUCAACGUGAAUGCCUUCAAGGCAAACGUCCAGUCGGUCAGCACACUCCCGGCCGCAGUCAAGCUGACCAUGCGCAAGAACCCAUGGGAGAGAUCACCCAAGGACCUGGCUUACAUCUUCAGUUUCGUGGACAAGCUGAAAUGCUUCGAGCGGUACUCUACCACGGCCAAGCAGGAGCUGUCCUGCGUACUGCAUUUCGAGUCGUUCGAGGACGGCAGAGUCAUUGUCAAGCAGGGCCAUCCCGGUCUGUCGUUUUAUUUUAUCUUGUCCGGGGCGGUGACCGUGGAGGUCACGGAGGAGGACAAACGGACGGGUGAGCGUAACACGCACAUGAUGGGGGAGCACACGGCAGGCUCGUCAUUCGGGGAGUUGUCGCUGCUUCACGGAUCCAAAAGGACGGCCACAAUAAGCUGCAAAGGCGAUGCCGAGUUCCUGAUACUGGACAAGCCGGAUUUCGACCAGGUCCUGCGGCGGAGCUACCAGCAGGAAUGGGACACCCGCAUGAGCGCACUGCGGUCGCUGGCGGCGUUAGGUCACUGGUCUGAGGAAGAGCUCAGCGCCACCAACGACAGGGCAAAACUAGUGGAAUUUCCACCAAACACGCCAAUCAUCAGCGAUCUCGCGCAAGCGCAUGAUGACAUCUACUUCGUCAAGUCCGGGACCUGUAAGAUCGUCCGUGAGGUGACGCUCCUACAGAGCAAGCUGCCCUUCGGUGACACCAAGCUCUCCCUGCCGCCGCUCGACGCCGACCACAACGUGCCGGACAGCUUCAAGCCCGAGAAGCACCAGAGACUGAUCCGGAAACUGCUGCACAUCGCCAACAUCGGCAGGGGUAAAUUCUUCGGAGUCGGCGAGGACCUUCGCCGCACUCACAUCAUCUCUUCCGGCAAAGUAGAGUGCAUCCUGGUAUCCCGCGUCUCCUUCAUGCGUCACGACCGAGGCAAGUCCCUAGAGAGCAUGCAGCAGAUGGUGGAGCAGCUCUAUCCGUCCUACGAGGAGACCUUCACCAACUAUCUACAGGACAAGCGCUGGCGGGCCUACAAGCACGGACUGGUCAAGGAGUUGAUGCUGAGACGCAAUAUUCCCAACAACACUACCAUUGAAGACGUACCACUCAUCUUGCGCCAGGACAAUAAACUCUAGCACACUGCUGAGAAUUUGUAUGAUCUUGCCUUGAAUUAUAUCAAUUCAUUUGUAUUUUAUUUUUAAAUCGUGCUCCUCGAAUCAUUCUAUUUAUUGACUUUUAAAUGGGAAGAUGCCAAACA